UGUCUCGCUGUCGGCUGUGUUACGAUAGCGAUAGGUGUUGUUAUCGAACGCACUGCGUAGUGGACGACGGGUCAGGAUGUUAACGGUGGUCGUUUAUGUCUUCAGAAUGCUACGGAAAUAGGCGAUACGUGACUCCAGUGUGUGUUGUUAUAGAGGAGUUUAAUUUUUCGAUUAAUUUAUAUCAUGGACCUGAAAUCCAUUUUGACAGUGACACUUUUUCUGAUAUACUGUGCAUGUGCGGAUCGUGUGACUUAUAAGAAGGUCUGCUACUACACAAACUGGUCCCAGUACCGACCCGACGUCGGAAAGUUCCUACCUAAGGAUAUCGACCCCUUUCUGUGCACGCACGUCAUUUUUGCAUUCGCAAAACUCGCCGGGAACCGGAUAGUGGCUCGAGAGUGGAACGAUGAAACGGUUCCGUGGAAGAAAGGCUUAUAUGAACAUGUGACCGACCUGAAGAAAGUUAAUCCAAAGUUGAAAGUAUUACUUUCGGUUGGUGGAUGGAAUGCAGGCGGGAAACCUUUCUCAGAUAUGGCAGCAACCCAAACAGGGAGAAAAGAAUUCGCUACGAGUACAGUAACUUUCCUCCGAAAGAGGUAUUUUGAUGGCCUCGAUAUUGACUGGGAAUUCCCCGGGAGCAGAGGAGGUUCUCCCUAUGAUAGAGAUAAUCUUUCUCUUCUACUGAAGGAGGUCAGUACUGUAUUUGAAAAGGAGGAGCGAGCUGUUGGACGGGAUAAACUCCUGCUGUCUAUUGCAGUGCCAGCCAGCCAGGAUAAGAUCGACUAUGGGUACAAGGUGCCCGACGUGUCGUUGUACUGUGAUAUGAUAAACGUGAUGACAUACAACUACCAUGGAAGUUGGGAGAAAACUAUUGGUCACCAUAGCGCCCUCUUCAAACGAAACGAAGAUACUACCGAAUACCAGUCCAAACUAAAUGUGGCUUGGACGAUGAACUAUUGGAUUCGCAUGGGCGCAAAAGCCAGUAAACUCAUCCUCGGGUUUCCACAGUUUGGUCGAGGGUAUACUCUAAGCGAUGCCAGCAAGAAAGCAGUCGGCGAUCUUGCUAGCGGUGGAAGUGUCAUCGGUUCUUAUACGAAAGAAACUGGAUUCUUGGCGUAUUAUGAGAUUUGCAAGAUGCAAAAAUAUGGAGCAGUAGUGACCUGGGAUGACGUACAAAAAGUUCCUCAUCUCGUACUUGGAGAUCAGUGGAUCGGCUUUGAUAAUGAGCAAAGCAUUAAAGAGAAGGUGAAGUGGUUCAAGAAUUAUAAGUUUGGCGGGAUAAUGGUAUGGGCACUUGCAUUGGACGACUUCAGAGGAGAUCAAUGUGGCGACGGGGAAACAUACCCUAUUUUACGGAGUAUUGUCCGUGAGCUCAACAGAACUGACCCAGCAACAGAUGCGCUCCAAACUUCGUCUAAUAUCAUCUCUCCAGAUUCAACACAUCCAGUAACUUCCGACAAAACAUCUCCUGAUAUCCUCGCUCCAGAAUCAACACAUGUAGUAACUUCCGAAAAAAUAUCUUCUGACAGUGUCGCACCAGAUUCAGCACACCGGGUCAGCUCGAACAUAGUCCAGAUUGAGACCGUAGGUCAAACAGAUACAUUGCAAGGUGCUCCACUCGUGGGAACGUCAUCUAUACAGGGCAAAUCUCUUUUGAAGAAUGCGAAAGAUCAAAGCAGCCUAGUGACCAAGACAGGACAAAAUAAUCCAGAAGGUGGAAUGAAAGUCCGUAAUCGUAAAAAGGAUGUGAAAACAACAGUUGUAAGCGAUCCUAAAAUCGAGGUAUUAAGUGAUGCUAUAAUAAGUCCAAAUAAAAAGGUAGUGAAAAAAGUGGUAUCCAGCGAGGGAGAUAAACUGUUAAAGUCAUCUUCAAUGCAUACAGAGCCGUUAAUUAAAGUAAAUUCAAAGAAACCUGUAAAUCAUCCACAAGAUCAAAAAUCGAACGCGAAAGCCCAAAUACUACCAAUUACACAAGUUGAAAAGGUGAAACCCGUUGGAAAAAAUACAAAUAGUAAUAAAGCGCCAAUUCCGAUUGUAACGGGUACAGUUCUAAGCGAUUCAUUCACACGGGUAGUCAAAGGUCGUAAGAAUAUCAUCGGAAAAGCUAAAGUUCUAGACGAGCUAAAGACAGCUUCGGACAAAAGCACUUUAAAAUCUAAUGCAAAACAAACAAAGUCUGUGAUUAAAGAUACAGAUCAGACGGUUCCACUGAUGAAAGCGGUAGUUAAAACCAAAUCCGCUGAUUUGAAGGACGAUAACAGGAUUGUUGGAACACAAUCUGGGAAAAUCAUGAAGAAAGUGAAAACCUCAAACCCAAAAGAUGGCGGUGCACGUCUUAGCUCUUCUAUAUUAACAAAAGGAAAGGACGCGAGAAAAUUAGCAAAUUCAGUUUCCCCGGGGACGCCACCUGUAUUCAGCCCCCCUGAUAUGAACGAUCUCCAGCUAUCAUCCAGCCAGUCUGGAGCUGCAGUUUUGACAGGGAAACAAACUUCCCUUGAAAAUCUCAAAGAUAAAACACAAAAUGUCCCGGUCAAUCAAGCUGAUAUAUCAGCUAAAAAAGUUGCUACAACAGAUAAAAAAAACGAUGCUACGCCAAAUAAAAACCCCUCAAAUGUACCCUAUAACAAUCCAAAUACUGAACAAAUAAUAACAACUCCUAGUACCGCAACUGGUGCUCCAUCUGGUAAGAUGCAGUCGGGAACGAAAAGAACAAAACAAAACAUGUCUCCAUCAACAAAACAGACCAGAAAAAACAAAGACAGUAAAACUCAGUCGAAACCCGGAAAUGAAGAAAUUAAUACCGAGGAAAAUUCUAAAUUUACAUCUAGAAAAUUGCUUCAAAUGAUUGACACGAGUGAUAGUGACGGAGGAAAUGGCGGUGGACUUGGAGGUAUGAUUAAUUCGUUAUUCGGAAUGAUGUCUGGCUUAACACGAAGUGGAAACGGUAGACAAAGACCACAGGAACCACGGCGUUCUACAGUCACUGAUAAUCCCUUAUCAUUUAACACAGGAUCAAACGAUAUUCGAAAUGAAAACCGUAUAGCCCGACAAAGACAGCGAAUGCGAAACGUCAGGCGAGACCGUCCAUCUACUUCUCGAGAUCGCCCAGUGGCUGCAAUCAAUAACAGGGAUAAUGCGAUUGGCUCAAUAGAUCGCCUUAGAAAUACAAGAGAUCGCUCUUUAAGUAGAAAUGGAAGAGAAAGAUCAAUCGCUGUAGAUCGCGCAGGAAGUAUUCCUAAUCGAUCAAAUCAAUUUCCGGUUGAUACCCUUGUCGACGUCAGUCCUCUGCCUCCAACUGCGAAUCCUUUCGAUAUCAUCGAGAUACAAGAUCGGAGACUAAGAGGAGGAAGAGCUUCGAUUCCAAGGGGUACACGAACUGUGGGAGUUCAGGAAAGAUUUCGAGGAAGACCUAUGGAGGACACACGAACACCACAGGAAAGGGCACUAGAUGCGAUGAUUUUAUCUGAACAGUUACCAGACCCCGGAUCGCUAGAUUCACAAAACAGAAUUCGUUCAAUGGCAAGAGAGCAGUUAAGAAAUGAAGCGGAGCUUCUUCUUACAAGAGAUCAAUUGGGCACAAAUGACCCAUUUCAGAGAGACGUACUGCAAACACAGAUCAGAGACCCGGCACUCAUACGCUCUCGAGAACCGGGAUUAGUGGAAACCUUGCGACGGCGUAUAUCAGAUACAGGGCGUUCCCGUGGAAAUUCAGGAGUGGCGACCAACAUUCAGACCACUGAAAGAGGUCGUGGACGUGCCCAGGCUGAUGCAAGGCUAGCUAACGGUGGUAGAUUUCAAAGUUCUGAAGCAACUCGUUUGUCAAGAAAUUCGAAUCUAAGACGAAACAUUGCAGUAGAUUCUUUUAAUAAUAGGAACCGCAUGGCGGAAGGACAAAGAGGUGUCCAAAGAAGUGGUUCUCGUUCAAGGACAGCAAUUGGACUUCAAGGAUCUGGCACAGACCGACAAAAUCCUGCAGAAGGGGCACAACGAACCACUAUAGGUGUUCAAAAUUCAGGUGUAUCAGGAAAUGAUCGUCAACGCAGUGUGAUUGGCAUUCAGGGUCCUGGAAGGGAUCGUCAACGUAACCCUGUAGGAAUUCAAAACAUAGCACCAACCAGACGACGAACAGCAGUAGGCGUGAAUGAUGCAGGAAAUGAGCGCCAGCGAACAGCGAUUGGAGUUCAAAAUGUAGGUAGUGAUCGCCAAAGAGUGGGUGUAGGGGCUGAAAGUCGUGAUCGUCAAAGAAUAGCAGCAAGUAUACUUGGCACAGGAAAUAAUCGUCAGCGAACGCCAAUUUCAGUCCAAAGUACAGGGACCGGACCCGACCGCCGAGCUACAGGGGUUCAAAGCGUAGGUGCAAGUCGACAGCGUACAAUUGUAGGAGUUCAGGCUGUAGGCAGCGACCGUCAACGACCAGCAGUUGGUGUUCUAAAUGCUGAUCGUCAAAGGGCAAUAUUAAAUGGUCAAACUGUCGGUAAUGACCGUCAACGGAUGCCAGUAGGAGUAUCAACUCUAUCAGUACAAAAUGGAAGAAGCAGCCGUCCACGGCCAGGAAUAGGAGUUCAAGGGCAAUCAAUUGAUAGGCAAAGAACAGCGAUUGGAGUUGCAAAUGCUGAUCGUCAAAGAACUGUAAUUGGCGUCCAACGUUUAAGUAACGAUCGUCAACGGACGUCAGUGGGGAUUCAGGGUUUAGAGGUUGAUCGUCAAAGACCAUCCAUAGGAGUUCAAAGCAGUGAUAGGCAGAGAACAACAGUUGGUAUUCAACGCGCUGGAAACGACCGCCAACGAACAUCAGUAGAACGGACACCUGUUGGCAUUCAAGAGGUCGAUCGUCAAAGACCAUCGAUCGGCGUUCAAGGUAGUGAUCGACAAAGAGUAUCGAUCGGUGUUCAACGCGCUGGAAGUGACCGUCAACGCACACAAACAGGAGAACGGACACCAGUGGGAAUUCAAAGUUUGGAGGUAGACCGCCAAAGACCAUCCAUAGGAGUUCAAAGCAAUGACAGGCAAAGACCAUCCAUUGGUAUUUCACGCACUGGAAACGACCGACAACGGACACCAGUUGGAAUUCAAGAGGUCGACCGCCAAAGACCAUCAAUAGGCGUUCAAAGUAGUGAUCGGCAAAGAACAGUGAUCGGCGUUCAACGCGCUGGAAACGACCGACAACGGACACUAGUUGGAAUUCAAGAGGUCGACCGCCAAAGACCAUCGAUAGGCGUUCAAAAUAGUGAUCGGCAAAGAACAGUGAUUAGCGUUCAACGCGCUGGAAACGACCGACAACGGACACCAGUUGGAAUUCAAGAGGUCGACCGCCAAAGACCAUCAAUAGGCGUUCAAAGUAGUGAUCGACAAAGAACAGUGAUCGGCGUUCAACGCGCUGGAAACGACCGACAAACGAUUGGUGUACAACGUUCAGGUAAUGGACGUCAACGAACAUCUGUAGGCAUUCAAAGUUCGGUAACCGAUCGUCAGAAUCCAUCGAUAGGCGUUAAAAAUAGUGAUCGCCAAAGAACAGCAAUAAGUGUUCAACGUUCAGGAAAUGACCGACAACGAUUAUCAGUUGGAGUUCAAGGAACGACCAACCCGAGAAUAGCUGUCGGUGUGGAUGAAGCUGGUCGGCAAAGGACAUCAAUUGGCGUCGGUGUUCAACGUCCAGGAAAUGAACGACAACGGACAGCUAUAGAAAUUCAAAGUCCUGUGAAUUCCCUUCCACGAACGGCAGUUGGCAUUCAACCAUCAGCGGAUAUCCUUGAGCGAUCUAGAGUUAAUACAGGAAUAACAGCUGCAAGUAAUCGACGAGCCAUAGCUACGAAUUCAAUAAGUGGAAGUAUAAACGACCUUCAGUCGACAAUAGCUCAAAAUGCAAUAUUAAAAAGCGAACGCAGUAGCCUGAAUACUAUAACUGGGGGCAACAAUCAAGAGACAAAUCGAAUAAUUGGUAUUUCUGGAAGUGUUUGGAAAACGAUUCCUGAAACUCCAGUUAAUCCCGGCAAUGGGGCCAGACCAGUUGCUUUAGUAAGCCCAUCAGAAAAUCGUAACGCUAUCGAAAAAACCAUCGAAGAACUAUUAGCUCAGAUGAAUGCGCAACAACCACCUACAGUUGUUGAAAAUGUAAGACCAACGAUUGCGAUAACACCGACAAAGCCAUCGCAAGAUUCAUCUUUACGCAUUGUUCCCUUAAACAAUUUUGACAAUUUAUUACUUAAUAGUUUGCCUCAGGGACCACCGAUACAGAUAGUGAAUGAAACCGAAAGGCAACCACCAGUAAUAGGUGUAGCAGGUAUUGAAAACUCUAUCGGGGCAUCGAAUGCAAUAGAUCUUAUUAACAGUCUAGCAGCAAAUAGAAUGUCAAUGCCAGACAGUCCAAUGGCAAAUAGCCUUAUGGCUGAAAAUCUUUUGGCAGCAGUUGCGGCAUCGCAACCAAGCCCUACUAUUGAUGUAGUCAAUAAACCAAUUUUGUUAGAAAUACAACCACAGAUACUCCCUACUGAACCAACAUUGAACAAGGACAUCACCGACGUUUUAGUACAACUGUUGCGAGACAAUCUUUUAAACCAAAAUGCCCCUCAUCAAACAAGGCCCGUUGUUAAACCAGCUACGCCUGCACUAACAACGCCACCACCGUUUAAACAAGAUGCUAUGCAGACACCUAAUCAAGUGUUAGUUUCAACAGGCGAGAAACCGAAAAAUUUCCCAUCGCUUCCACCAACUCCUCGUAGACAAGCUCCUACUCUGGCUACAAAUGAAACAGUUGUAGCAAACAAGAGACCACAAAAAGGACUUUCAAAAGCAGAUGUUCUUUGGAAAUGGGAAGCAUAAACUCACUUUUCAUAUAUCUGAUAAUCGUCAUACAUGUCAUAGUACAAGUACAUCAUAUAUUCAUUAUUCUAAUCAAUCAUUUAACUGUAACAUAUAAGGACACGGAUUUAUAUUUAUUUAUACUCUAUUUAAACUUGAGCGGUAACGCCGUUGGGAUUACAAUAUAUAUACACGUUUUUAUUUCUCAUUUUGUUUCUACACAGUUGUUGACAUGUGCUCUAUCAUUUUCAAUCCACAGUAUAAUUGAUAUUGUAUACAUCCUUCCAGUGUGUAUUUUUAUCCGUUCUCUCGAUUUUAUAGUUGUUUGUUCUUCUCCUCUGUCCGUGUCGUGCUCUUUAUCAUACUGUAUUCCAACCUUGCAAAUAAAAUGCGGUCAUAUAGAGUGCAUAUUAUACGAUGCACACUACUGUGAGCGAUAUGUCUACGAUGUAAACAUGAGCUACUGUGACAGACGUUUUGUACGUUCCACAGUUAGUAUCAUCUGUAAUGUUUACAAAUCAACUUUACUUGUUAGGUAUCUCUGUAUGGUGUUAUCUUUGACGUCGAAUGAAGCGGUGCUCUGUAUUGAGGCUAGGUGACACUGUUCCCUUUUUAUGUUUUCAUCUGUUUUUGUGUUAUUGGAUUCGAUGUUAUUUAACUGAAUUAAGCGGACAGUUCUGUCAGUAGGUAGGCAUUACCAGACUUGAUAAUAAGCUUUAUUAAUUAACUGCUGCACACCUAGAUAACCCACAAGUAGUGAGUAAUUGUAUUUGAAAAUAAAAAAAAAAUAUUAUGUC